GAGCAGCUCCCGGCGCCGGUCCCGGUUGUCCCGGUCCCGGUUGUCCCGGUCCCGGGGCGCUGAGCCGGGCCCAGCCGGUACCCCUCCGGUACCCUCCCCGGGUGCUCCCUGCACCAUGCCCGAGCAGCUGAGCGUGGCCGAGUUCCUGGCCGUCACCGUCGAGGAUCUGAGCUCCCCGGCCGCCACCUUCGCCUCCAAGAUGCAGAAGUGCCGGGGGGCUGUGGGGGCUUUGGAAGAGAGCCUGGAUGGGGACCAAGCUGUGCUCCAGAGGAUCAGGAAAUAUGUGAAAGCCAUUCACAGCUCUGGGCUCACCCAUGUGGAGAAUGAGGAGCAGUACAGUGAGGCCCUGGAGAACUUUGGCAACAACCACCUGUCCCAGAACAACCACGAGCUCUCCACUGGCUUCCUCAACCUGGCCGUCUUCACCCGCGAGGUCACGGCGCUCUUCAAGAACCUGGUGCAGAACCUCAACAACAUCGUGUCCUUCCCCCUGGACAGUCUGCUGAAGGGGCAGCUGAGGGACGGCCGCCUGGACUCCAAGAAGCAGAUUGAAAAGGCCUGGAAGGAUUAUGAGACCAAAGUGGGGAAGCUGGAGAAGGAGAAGGAGCGAGGGCGCUGGGCAGGGCCGGUCCCGGCAGAGCCGCCCGUGCCCGAGGGCAGCGAGGACGGGCAGAGGGAGCGGCGGCUCUUCCAGCUGCACAUGUGUGAGUACCUGCUGAAAGCCAAUGAGUCUCAGAUGAAGCAGGGCCCAGAUUUCCUGCAGAGCCUCAUCAAGUUUUUCCAUGCUCAGCACAAUUUCUUCCAAGAUGGCUGGAAGGCUGCCCAGAACCUCUAUCCCUUCAUUGAGAAGCUGGCUGUGUCCCUGCACGCGCUGCACCAAGCCCAGGAGGAGGAGGUGAAGCAGCUCAUGCAGACCCGUGAUUCCCUCCGCAGCAUCCUGCAGCUGGACAGCAAAGAGGAAAACCUGAGCAGGAAGAACUCAGGCAGUGGGUACAGCAUCCACCAGCACCAAGGGAACAAGCAGUAUGGGACAGAGAAGUCGGGCUUUCUCUACAAGAAGAGCGAUGGGAUCCGCAAAGUGUGGCAGAAGAGGAAGUGUGGGGUGAAGUACGGCUGUCUGACCAUCUCCCACAGCACGAUAAACCGGCCCCCAGUGAAGUUGAACCUUCUCACCUGCCAAGUGCGGCCUCACGCUGAGGAGAAGAAAUGCUUCGACCUGGUGACACACAACAGGACCUAUCACUUCCAAGCAGAGGAUGAGCAGGAGUGUGUUGUGUGGGUCUCAGUGCUGCAGAACAGCAAAGAUGAAGCCCUCAGCAAUGCCUUCAAGGGGGAUGGGGAUGGCACAGGGCCGGGCAGCAUGCAGGAGCUCACCAGGCUGCUCAUCGCCGAGGUGAAGAACAUGCCAGGAAACAAGCAGUGCUGUGACUGCGGGGCCCCGGAUCCCACGUGGCUCUCCACCAACCUGGGCAUCCUGACGUGCAUCGAGUGCUCCGGCAUCCAUCGAGAGCUGGGGGUUCAUUAUUCCCGCAUCCAGUCCCUCACCCUGGAUGUCCUCAGCACCUCUGAGCUGCUGCUCUCCGUCAACAUCGGGAACACGCGCUUUAACGAGGUGAUGGAGGCCACACUGCCCACCCAGGACAGCCCCAAGCCCUCAGCUGGCAGCGAUAUGGCUGCCCGCAAGGAGUUCAUCGUGGCCAAGUACAUGGAGCGGCGUUUCGUGCAGAGGAGCGGCCGUGCCGAGCCGCACCGGCUCUGGGAAGCCAUCCGUGCCCGGGACCUGCCCGCCCUGCUGCAGGCCUUUGCUGAGGGCCACGACCUGGCCAAGCCCCUGGCCAGCCCCGAGGGGCAGGACCCAGGUGAGCUGGCUCUGCACAUGGCCGUGCGCCACGCCGACAGAUCCUCCCUUCCUCUGGUGGACUUCAUCAUCCAGAAUGGGGGGACACUGGACCGGGUGACGGCGGAUGGCAACACGGCUUUGCACUACAGCGCGCUCUACAACCAGCCCAACUGCCUCAAGCUGCUCCUGAAGGGCAAAGCUGCCUUCACCACAGUGAAUGCAGCUGGUGAGACGGCUCUGGAUGUGGCGAGGAGGCUGAAGCACACGGAGUGUGAGGAGCUGCUGGAGCAGGCACAGGCGGGGAAGCUCUCCCUGCAGAUCCACCUCGACUACGACUGGGAGCCCUCCCAGGAAUUCCCCUACGACAGCGAGGACGAGCUGGAGGAGAAGGUCAGCCCUCUCCAGCGCUCCUUCAAGGGCACAUCACCACUGGCCACCAGCCCCCCUGCCCCUGCUUGCCCCCAGAGCCGCUGGAGCUGCAUGGGGAUGGACAUCACCAACAAGACCUACGAGAGCAUCCUGGUGCCCUCCCGCCCCACACCCCGCCGGGCCCACAGCGAGGAGAUCCCCCCUCCCCUGCCCCUCAAAAACCCCACACGGGGUGGGUCUCGCCCCAAACCCACUCUGAGCCCCACUGAGCUUCCCCGGCAGACAUCGGAGCCACAUUUCCCCACAGCAGCCGAGACCCCGGCUCCCCGUGGCCUCUCCUCUGCCAGCAGUGUGGGGGCCCUGGAUGGCACCUGUGGGCACGUGGCCAGUGCCCCCCGCAGCCCCCCCGAGAGCCGGCGGGCAGCCUACUGGGAGACACGCUCAGAGACAGAGAGCAGCGGCGCCCGGCGAGGGCAGGAGCUGAGCCCCCUCCCCGGGCAGCCCCCGACGGGCAGCGCAGCCCCUGACAUCCCCCCGGUCAAAUUUGGCUCCGAGAGCACCCGCUCGUACCGACGCAUCAGCGGCGCCGUGGGCAAGGCUGGGGGGUCCCUGUCCCCCCAGAGCCCCGAGGAGCCUGUGCCCAACAAGGUGCCCCCCAUGCCCGUGCCCAGGAGAUUUGCUCCGGCCAAGGGGAAGCAGAAGCGGGUGAAGGCGCUGGCAGACUGCAGAGGGGACAAGGCCCGAGAGCUGACCUUCUCCAAGGGUGAGGUGAUCGUGGUGACAAGGGAGGAGGAUGAGCAGAGCUGGGUUGGCUUCAUCGAGGGUGAUGGCUCCCGUACCGGGGUCUUCCCCUCCAGUUUCGUCCACCUCUUGCACGACUGAUGGGGUCUCAGUGGCCCCUUUUAUCCCAGGACCUCAGCAGCUCCAGGCCACGUGCCUAGGACCCUUCCAUGGCACCACACAGCCUGGCUGGACACAGCCCUCCAUGGUUGGGGGGGCUCAGAGACACCCCCCCCACACCUUUCUGGGAAGACUGUCCAUGGGCAGCAGCUGCAAGGCAGAGACCUGACACACUCACUGCAGCAGUGACAAGAGGUUUCAGUGCCGUCCCCACUGUGUCCCUCUGUCCUCCUGUCCCUGCCAUGGACUCUGCAAGGACCUGGGGAUGGGGAACCUGCAUGUGGUGCCUCCCCCCUAUACUGGGGAACCCCUCCAAGACUGGAGAGCAGCCAUGUACCCCCCAACCCCCCCAUACCCCAAUUGUGGAGCCUUUGGGAGGGGCAGAGAGUAGGAAAAGGCUUUUAGGGACCUUGGGGGCUAGAGGGGUCUCUGCCAACCACCCCCCCCCCCCAGCCUCUGGGGGCUGCUGGGGCUGGGGGCUGCUUCAAAGCUCCCCUAAAACUGGUAAUGAAACACCAUUCCCUGCUUGGGGGGUGGUCAAGGGGCAUUGCAGAGCCCCCCACCCCGUCCCUCCCCUGGGGUGGGUGCUGGAUCACCACCCCAGCCCAAGAGGAUUUUGCAGCUUUUUUCUGGGACCAAUGUCCCCCCCACGUGCCUGUCCCUCAGGAGCUACUUGCCCACUCCCCCUCCUUGUCCCCUCUCCCCCUCCUCGU